AUGAAAAAAGGCAUUUUGAAUGAUGAAAAAGUACUAGGAAAAAAUGACCAAAAAAGUAGCGUCAAAUAAAGAAAAAUGAUGUGUUGAAUGAGAAAAAAAUAUGUGUUGUACGACAUGAAAAAAUGAUGAAAAAAGUUGUCAAAUGAAAAAAAAAUGAUUAACAACUGAGGAAAAAAGUACUGAAUGACAAAAAAAAGAUGAAAAAUGACAUGUCUGAUGAGGAAAAAAAAUUAUACAUGUUGAAUGAUGAAAAAAGACAUGUCAAAUGAGGAAAAAUGAUGAUGUUGAAAGAGGGAAAAAAGACAUGAAAAUGAAAAUCUUUGAAAGAUGAGAAAUGAUAAUGAGAAAUGACGUGUUGAAUGACCAAAAAAGUGGUGUCAAAUGAGUAAAAAGCACAUAUCAAAUAAGGGAAUAUGAUAUGUCGAACGAGGGAGUUGACUCUUCCACCAUCUGGCUCAACAGCCUUCGUGUAUUUUUAUCAGGCGGGGAGGGGCGGGGACUGCAGAGAGCGGAAGUUUGCAAGUUUGAAGCAGCAUCACUUUGGUAAAUCCAAUAUUUAAACACUUGCGAGCGCGUAAUGAAAAGCAAGAAGGCGUGCACGCGGCCGCCUGUUUCCCCCGUAAUAUAUUCUCAUUCCGCUUUUUAAACACGCUUGAGCGCCUCUCCAAUAUGAUUCCCCCGAGGAGGAGGAAUGCACCGUGGCUCUGAAAUGCCUCUCUCGGCAGCAUUAAUUCCGUGAUUGCCUCAACUAGACCCCUAUCGCUUUCUUCCAAAACAAGGAUCAGAUCUCUGUGACCGACGCUAAAUCUUCCGCCGCACGCUCAUUUUUCAGCAUCUUUGCACCAAUUUGGGAAACUAAUUGCUCCUCCUUCUCCUGACUGGGCAGGGAUGGGAUUCAGUCGGAAGCUUCUUCUUUUAUGCUCCUAAAUCCCUCAACGGGAGCACAAGGCCUCAUUAAGAUGCAUUAGAGCAGGUUUUGCAGUACGGAAGGGAAGGUGUUUGCCUCUUCUUUUUGUUCCUUCACUCUAGAACAUGUUUGGUCACCGGCCAAAGGACGUACGCACGCUGGUCACACACGAGCUGGUUAAUUCCUGUGUCCCCCCCAACAUCCUCCUGGCCCGCUUCCCCCCUCCUCUUUCGUCCACUCCUCCCUUUUUGGAUAGCUGUAUUAACAAGGCGGGGGUAGAGGACUGUUCCCCUCGCUGAUUGUAAAGUCGAGGGACAAUUGGUGUUCCAGUCUGAUUGGCUCCCCAGAUAAGGAACGCCAGCCUCCCUGCGAGGGGAAGACGUUAGAGCGAGGACAAGAGCGAGGCAGCCAGAGAGAGAAGAUGCGUUCAGUGUAGCAGCACAAACGUGCACAAAGCAGCGGGACGGCCUGAGGACUGAAGGUGACUUUGAUGCAAACUUGGACAAACAUUUAGCGAUAAGCGACAAGGACGGGAUGAAAAGCAAAAAGCACACCCGACAAAAGACAAGAAGAGAGGAUCACAGCAGCAGGCUUCACUUCAAUAUGGAACCCCGGCGACACCUUCCUGCAUUCGGACGCACGUGGUUGUACGUGACGCUCAUUCUGCUGAGCCUUCUGUGUCCUGGCCUUCUGGGGGCCAGAAGCUCUGCACGGAGGGUCCAGAGAGUCAAGCGAGGAUGGGUGUGGAACCAGUUUUUUGUGCUGGAGGAGUACACCGGGCUGGACCCGCUUUAUAUCGGAAAGCUCCACUCCGACAUGGACAAAGGCGAUGGUUCCAUCAAGUACAUCCUGACGGGCGACGGCGCCGGCUCCACCUUCACCAUCGACGACAGCACGGGCGACAUCCACGCCAUCCAGAGGCUGGACCGGGAAGUGAAGGCCCAGUACGUGCUGAGAGCGCAGGCCCGCAACCGCCUCACCGACCGACCCCUGGAGCCCGAGUCGGAGUUCAUCGUGAAGAUCCAGGACAUCAACGACAACGAGCCCAAGUUUUUGGACGGACCCUACCACGCGUCAGUGCCUGAAAUGUCCAAAAUAGGAACGUCAGUGAUCCAGCUGUCUGCCACCGACGCCGAUGACCCAACGUACGGCAACAGUGCUCGGGUGGUCUACAGCAUCCUGGAAGGUCAGCCUUACUUCUCAGUGGACGCCAAGACCGGCGUGGUGCGGGUCUCUUUGGCCGACAUGGAUAGGGAGAUGAGGGAGAACUACACGGUGGUUAUCCAGGCCAAGGACAUGGGCGGCCAGCUGGGCGGUCUGGCCGGCACCACCACUGUCAGCAUCUCACUCAGCGACGUCAACGACAACCCGCCUGUUUUUGACCAAAGGCUGUACCAGAUGAGUGUGCCGGAGUCAGCAUCUUUGGAUUCAGAGGUGGGCCGCAUCUACGCCAAAGACCGGGAUAUAGGUGUCAAUGCCGAGAUGACAUAUCGGGUCAUCGACGGGGACGGAAGGGACACUUUUGAUAUCAUCACCGACCCCAGCAACAGAUUUGGCAUCAUCACAGUCAAAAAGCCGCUCAACUUUGAGGGCAAGGCCAGCUACACCCUGAAGGUAGAGGGCGCCAACACACAUCAGGACCCUGCCUACCGCCAGCGCGGGCCCUUCAAGGAUGUCACCAUCGUGCACUUGAGCGUGGAGGAUGUGGAUGAGCCCCCUGUCUUUGAUGUAGCCGCGUAUCAGGCGGAGCUGCCGGAGGACGCCGAGAUCGGGACCAUUGUGAGAACGGUGUCGGCGAGGGACCCCGACGCCGCUAACACCAGUGUGAGGUACUCCAUCGAGAGGUCCACCGACCCGGACCGCUUCUUCUACAUCGACAUCACGUCCGGCUCGCUGAUGACGGUGCGCUUGUUGGACCGCGAGGAGCUGGGCUGGCACAACAUCACGGUGCUGGCCAUGGAGAUGAAUAACCCGUCGCAGAUCUCCAGCGUCACCGUGGCGAUACGCGUCCAAGACGUUAACGACAACGCUCCGUCCCUGACGGACUACCUGGAGGCCUACGUGUGUGACAACGCCAAAGCAGGACAGCUCAUCCAGGCGGUGACGGCGGUCGACCCGGACGAACCCCCGAGUGGACAUCACUUAUCCUACGCCUUGGCUCCAGACGCUGCCAACAAUCCAAACUUUACUCUGCGAGACAACCAAGACAACACGGCGUGGAUUCUGACACGGCGCGGCGGCUGGUCUCAUCACGAGCAGAGCGUCUUCUACCUCCCCAUCGUGGUCACCGACGGGGAGCAGCCGAUCCAGACCAGCACCAGCACGCUGACGGUGCGCGUGUGCGGCUGCGAUCACGACGGCAACGUGAUGUCGUGCAACGCCGAGGCCUACAGGCUUCCCUCCAGCCUGAGCAGGGCGGCGCUCAUCGCCAUCCUGGCGUGCAUCUUCGUGCUUCUGGCAGUGAUGAUCCUGCUCAUGCUUUCCCUGCGAACUCACCGUAAGAAGCCCUACCCGCAUGACGAGGAGGAGAACGUCCACGAGAAUAUUGUACGCUACGACGACGAAGGUGGCGGCGAGGAGGACACGGAGGCCUUUGACAUCGCCGCCAUGUGGAAUCCACGUGAGGUGCACCCUCAACCGGGGGGCAAAAUGAGGCAAGACAUGCUGCCCGAGAUCGAGAGUCUGUCUCGCUAUGUCCCGUGCGUGAUGAGCGACGCCGUUGGCGUCGGCGGCGAGAGCAGUAACGUCCAAGGAUACGUCCUGUCGAAGCUCCUGGAGGCCGACUUGGACCCGUGCGCGCCGCCGUACGACUCCCUGCAAACAUACGCCUACGAGGGCGAGGGCUCGGUGGCCGAGUCGCUCAGCUCGCUGCAGUCGGGGGCGUCGGGCGGCGACCACGAGUACGACUACCUCAACGACUGGGGGCCUCGCUUCAAGAAACUGGCCGAAAUGUACGGAGUCCUGGAAACAAACAAUGCUCCCAUGUGGUAGCACGACUAACCUCCAUGCCUUUUGAACUCCUUGAAGAAACAUCCGGAAUGAUCGGAUAUCGGAGUGACAACAGGCAAACUGACUGGUCACCUACGUGGGUCUGGAUUUACGGCUUCAAGGCAGCAUCGACAACACCCGGCGCGCCACCGUGUCAUCUUAAUUUAUUGCUCUUUAUUUAUGUUUGAGCUAAUUUAUUGCACGGCAGAAAAACAGAGGCCGUCUCAUUGAUUUUAUGUCGAGCGCCUUUUAUUGUGGACACCAUCGUGCCAGCUGGAGUCCGACGACGGCGACCGCUAGGCCACGAACGCGACCUAGAGCGCAGAGGACAUCUGCAUUAAGUGCCAAAUGUAAAAAGGACAUUUUGGGUUUAUAAAAAGAAGAAAAAAAACACACAAAAAAAAGACUUUCAAAUAAGAACUUUGUGAGGAUUUUGAUAUUUUUACUUGAAUUUCAUGUGGUCGCUCAUGCUACGCUACACGGUGUGUGAAUGUAGAUACUCUUUUGUAUUCUUGGUAAUAAAAAGCUAAAAAAAAAAACUUAAACUUUGUACUUAGUUUGCCUCAAAGUAUUUAAUUAACUUGUUUAUAGCCGGAUGUGUUUCUGUAGCAAAAAAUAACACAAAUGAAAAACAUGCUACACGCUUUCCCACAAGGACUUAAUACAUUAUUGUUAGCAACAGUGAAUCUAUUAGACCUGAAAUUCUGGCUUAAUUGCUUCUGUCAAUCAAAGCAGGAACGGAAGCAAGACAUUUUCAUGUAUUUUUUUCCUAUCCUUGAGAAUUUAAUCAUAACUUUAUUAGGGCUGGUUGCCACCCAAAAAGA